AGGCAUAUGAAGAUGUGUAAUUAUUAUAUAGACGUACAAUUAUUGACAACUUUCUGUCGUUAUGUAAUAAUCGAAAUUUUAUUUGCCUCUUCGUAGGUAGGUUUUUAAAUGCGAAAAAAGGUUUUAAUUACUGAAAAUGUGAAGUGAUAUAUCUGAUGUCAUCCAUUCAUGUGUCAUUAUACAUAAGCUGGGUAUGUGUCGCCCACUCUAAUAUUUAUAGGUGAUUAGAUACAUCACUCUUUUAUCACCACCAAAUUUCACAAGCACAGCCACAAUUCUGCUUUCCACUUUGGCUGGUAAUGGAUACAGAUAACGACAGCAAUACAAUUGACAACGACUCAGAUGAAACCGAAAUGUCGUCGCCGCCUGUGCCGGAGCAUUCAAUUAUGAGUUCGAGUAUGAGCAUACCAUCUUCCGAACAGGUAAUGGCUACAGCCGUUGACUUCAGCAAUACAAUAGGCAACAAGAAAACUCCAAGGGGAGGUUCGGCUCCAACGGUUAGGCAAGUGCCUCGUUCGGCUCGGCGUAAUCCAUUUCCCAGCAAGGUAAUGGCUACAGGUGAUGACGACAGCAUUACAGUAGACAACGACUUAGAUGAAACUGAAAUGUCGCUGCCGCCUGUGCUGGAGCAAAGUUCGAGUAUGAGUAGACCAUCUUGCGAACAGAUAAUGGCUACAGACGGUGACUCCAGCAUUACAACAGACAACAUGAAACCUCCAAGGCAUGGUUCGGCUCCAAAGGUUAGGCAAGUGCCUUUUUCGGCUCGGCGUAAUCCAUUUCCCAGCAAGGUAAUGGAUACAGAUAACGACAGCAUUUCAAUAGACAACGACUCAGAUGAAACCGAAAUGUCGCCGCCGCCUGUGCUGGAGCAUUCAAUUAGGAGUUCGAGUAUGAGCAUACCAUCUUUCGAACAGGUAAUGCCUACAGCCGUUGACUUCAGCAAUACAAUAGGCAACAAGAAAACUCCAAAGCGAGGUUCGGCUCCAACGGUUAGGCAAGUGCCUCGUUCGGCUCGGCGUAAUCCAUUUCCCAGCAAGGUAAUGGCUACAGGUGAUGACGACAGCAUUACAGCAGACAACGACUUAGAUGAAACUGAAAUGUCGCUGCCGCCUGUGCUGGAGCAAAGUUCGAGUAUGAGUAGACCAUCUUGCGAACAGGUAAUGGCUACAGGUGAUGACGACAGCAUUACAGCAGACAACGACUUAGAUGAAACUGAAAUGUCGCUGCCGCCUGUGCUGGAGCAAAGUUCGAGUAUGAGUAGACCAUCUUGCGAACAGAUAAUGGCUACAGACGGUGACUUCAGCGAUACAAUAGACAACAUGAAAACUCCAAGGCAUGGUUCGGCUCCAACGGUUAGGCAAGUGCCUUUUUCGGCUCGGCUUAAUCCAUUUCCCAGCAAGGAGAUUGCAAGUGAAAUAGGUAAUAUUUUUCAUGAACCCCAAACGACAAGUUUAGAGGUGGAUCUCCGUCAACUUUUUGAGCCGUCCUCCGACGCAAAUCGCUGGACUACUCUUUACAAAGUGCCUCAUAGACUACGUCAAGUAAAUCCAAAGGCCUAUGAGCCCAAUGUGAUUUCAAUCGGUCCCCGUCACCAUGGUAAGCAACACUUGAAGGCAACGGAAGUUAUCAAAAGCCGUUUGUUCAGUAGAAUGAUUAAGGAUAGCAAGCUUGAGCCCAAAGAUUUUGUAGAGACCAUGAAACCAAUAGAAAAGCAAGUUCGUGAAUGCUAUGAAGAACCUUUAGAUCACAUUGAUUCGGACACAUUUGUGAAAAUGAUGAUCCUUGAUGGAUGCUUUAUUGUUCAGCUAUUUCAAGGUAAUUAUCCAAGUGAGUAUCCUUUUAACCUGAACGGGUUUCUAACCGAGGUAAAUCAUGAUUUGUUGCUACUCGAAAAUCAGCUUCCUUUCUUUGUGCUUUCCGAGUUGUAUGGCAUGAUCAACAAGUCAAGUGGUGAAAGAGAUAAGUUUACUGAAUUGGCUCUUUCUUGCCUUUCAAAAGUGAUACCAGGACCAAAGAUAUUUCCUGAUAAAAAGUGUCCCAUUUCUGCGAAAGAUACCAAGCAUCUACUGAGCUUAGUACAUGAUAAUUGGCUUCCUUCAUCUCAAGGAAUAAAGCAACACAAGCAUUUUAAAGCAAAAGCAGACCGAUGCUGUUGGAUAUGCUGCGCAAGAAAGCGGGAAGAAAAAGACCGACGUCUAAGGAAGAACAUGCGCUGUGCAACGGAUCUGAAAGCGGCAGGAAUCAGUUUCUCGGAAAAUAAUGAGAAAAAUCUACAUAGCUUGUUCGAGAUAAAAUUUAAAAAUAAGAAACUGAAGAUUCCAAAGUUAAGCAUUGAACAUUGUACAGACCGUCUCUUGCGUAAUUUCAUUGCCUACGAACAAUUCAUCCCAAGUUCUGAACCAACUUACGUUUGUGAUUAUGUGGUGUUCAUGCAUAACCUCAUCAACUCAGGCAAGGAUGUGAAGUUUCUCCGUCACAAUGGAAUUUUUGAUAAUUGCUUAGGCGAUGAUGAAGCAGUUGCCAAAAUGUUUAACAAACUUGGUGAUUGUACUUACUCAUCCGAAGAUUUCUACUAUGCUGAGAUUUUUUAUAAGGUGGGGAAGCGUCGCCGGAGACGAUGUAUCACUCUACAAUUAAUAAUAAAAUUGGCUGUACUGGUAAGUCGGUUUCUUUGAUAUAAAUGGUUUUAGAUUCAAAUCUUUUAACCAAUGGCCUCUUGUUGGUUUUAAUGCCGAAUGUACCACCCCUAUGAAGUACGAUUGUGAUAAUGUGUAAGUUUGAGAUUUGUCGG